AUGAAAUUACUUGAUCAUGAAUAUGAACGACAUCAAAAAUUUGUUAUUCUUCUUUUAAAUGAACGUAAACUUGAAAAUGAAUAUCAUAAAAAACAAUUAAAACAAUUAUUAUAUCAUCACAUCGAUGAUGAUAGACAAUGUGAAUCGAAAUUUCAAGAAUUAGCAUUACAAAAUAAACGCAAUAAACAAGUCUUAACAGCAUGUAUUAAACAAUUACACAGUGAAAUUGAUUUAUUAAUUAAAGAAAGAAAACAGCAAUCCGCAACAAAUAGUGAUAUUCACCGUCCAACUGUUAUUUCAACACAAUCAUCAAAAAAUGCUCAUGAUGUAAUAACAAAAAUAGGAAUUGUUCCUCCAUCAAUUCUAACACGUACACAACAAACAUCAUCUAUUCUUGAAUUACCUUUAUUACCAGUACCUAUUGUUGAGAAACGUAAUGUUAUACUUACUUGGUCAAUAUCAAAUUCAAAUAUCAAUAUUAUCUAUUCAACUGGUUCAUCAACAACAAGAAAUAAUGUUACACGUGGUGUUAAUGGUAUCCCACGUUUAACAAAAACUACACAUCAAAUUAUUAAACCGACAACAAUAACUGGCCUUACACAACGAUCUGAUCGAUGUGUUCAUCAUUUACUUAAAUUUAGUGCUAAUUCAUUACUUGGAAAUAAUCUUUGUUUAACAGCAUGGUAUAAUUUAUCGAAAUUAAAUGAAACAAUUGAACUUGAAUAUUUACAAAUAUUUGUUGAUAUCAAUCAAAUUCUGGUGAAGACACAAUAUAAUGCUGAAAUAAUUGAUCUUAAAAAAUCACUUAAUCGAACAAUAUCACAUCAGAAAGAAGAACCAACACGAAUAAAAGAUCAAAUUGAUAAAUUCCAAAAACCAUUAGAUAUAACUGAUAAAUAUAAAAAUUUUAUUUUAUUUGAAUAA